UGGCGAGACUAAUGCGCAACCUACAAACAUUGCUUGUCACUCGUCUCCUUGGGCAACAAGCCUACCCCAGAUUCAGCACAAUGCAGCACCAAACAGUCGAAAAGACGAAGACUCCGGUUUGUCAAGUGGAGGAUAGAGCCGCUCUGAAGGUGGCACGUCAAUGCCUGUUGGGCGGUCAGGUGAUAGCACUGCCCACAGACACCGUCUAUGGGCUGGCAUGCGAUGCCAACAACGAGCAUGCCAUCCAACGCAUGUACGAGAUUAAGGGUAGAGACGAACACAAGCCAGUGGCCAUCUGCGUAAACAACAUUGAGGCACUGCGUCGCUACGGUCAGGCCGCCCACCUCAGCGACGAGCUGCUAACUCGUUUGCUGCCGGGCCCCCUGACCAUUGUGAUUGAGCGGACGCACGAGUUGAGCAAUCGUUUCCUGAAUCCCACCACCUCCAAAAUAGGCAUCCGCAUUCCGGACUUCCAGUUCAUACGAGCUCUGUGCUCCGUGUGGCAUGAACAGCCACUUGCCCUGACCAGUGCCAAUCGGUCUAGCGCCCCCAGCAGCCUCCAGGUGACCGAGUUCCAUUCGCUGUGGCCCCAGCUGGGCGCCGUCUUCGAUGCUGGUCAGAUUGGUCUCACUGAGGAGCGUCGCCUGGCCUCAACUGUGAUUGACUUGGCCACGCCAGGAUACUAUGAGAUCGUGCGUGCCGGAGUGGCCCUCAAACAGACCCUGCGCUUGGUGGAAGAAUAUGGGAUCAAGCCUCGCAAGGAUAUUGCACAGAUACUAUAGAAAUAUCGGUUCUCCGAUGUGUCUGCCCAAUCAAGUUAAUUUUUCUUCAAUAAAACUAUAACUUUA